UGUUUCAAGGGACAGCUGAAUGAAGGACACGUAUUGCCUGCGUAUGUGUGUUUAUUAACAUUGAGUCCUUGGGGUAGCUCGCGUUUUCAUGCUGUGCGCGCGGAGUGCGAGGGUCCGGGCACCAAGAGCAGGAUCUCGAUUCAUCAGCAGGUGUCGCUUCUCCCCGGCUGACAUAGCCGCAGAGAUGAUGUUGGCCAAUUCGAGCAGCGUUAUUAUUUUAUUAUUACUACUACUGCUGCCUCUCUCCUCGUGUGGCAUUUCUCUCUCUCUCUCCCUGUGUAUUUCUUUAAGCUCAGCCCACCACAGCUACUGAAAUAAAGGCUCGCGACGGGGGGUGUCGAGAGGGAGGAGGCGGCUCGGGUCGGUCGCACACUCAGAUCGCGCCCUGAAGCAGCAGUGUAUUUUAAUGCUGAUGAUUACGAUGAGGAGGGUGAUGAGAGGAGGAUGUUGGUGGCGGUGAUGAUGACUCUGACCGAAGCCGGCUGUGAGGGACGUCAGGCCGCCGACAGACACGGGCUCCAGCACACGGUGCCAUGAGGAGGAGCGGCUGGGGAGAUUCUGCUGUCUCGACUCGAGAGUGGAUUCAACCGGUGGUGGUCUCGUGUCCAGUCUCCAUCUAGAAGCCGACGGGAUGCCUUGUUAUGCGAGACUAUUGUCGCAGCAGCAGCAUUAGCAUCUUUAUCAGCAGCAGCAGUGCCAAUUAUCGUAAUCCGCAGCAGGACUAAACGGAGCGGAUUGAGGAGGUUGUCUGUCAUCUCUUAGUCUGUCACUUGGUCGCGCGCACACGGAGUGGACUGCUUGGUUUGGGAAUGCAUCCCCGUCCGAUGCCCUCGCUCCUCUGCUCGGCGCCGGGAAUUUUCUCAUUUCUCAUCUGCUUUGUAGCGGCCGCUGGUCGUGGUGGCGGCGGUGUUGGUGGUGGCAGCGUUGGCGGUGACCGCGGUGCCGCUAGUGGUGGUGUGGCUCUUGGUGCCGGUGGCGGCGGUGACCGUGGCGGAGGCGUUGUUGCUGGUGGUGCGCCCUCUGGCCUCGAAGCAAAAAGCGCCCUCGAGACCGCGGACAAGAGGGCCAACGGCACCGACGCCCCGCCGGUGGUCACCUUGGCCGUUCUCCUCCCGCUGCGCAACUCCUCCUACCCGUGGUCCUGGUCUAGAGUCGGGCCCGCGGUAGUCCUGGCCCUGGAGCGGGUCAACGCCGACCCGUCCCUGGGGCUGGGCCGCCACCGGCUCACGUACGUUCUGGCCAGCACCGAGGACAAAGAUGGUUUCUGCUCGGACAUGGAAGCUCAGCUGCAAGCGGUGGACAUCAAACUCCAGCACGACCCGGCCGCUUUCCUCGGGCCGGGCUGCGUCUACAGCUCUGCGCCCGUGGCACGGUUCGCCACGCACUGGCGGAGGCCACUCGUUACGGCCGGGGCGCCGGCCCACGGCUUCAACAACAAGAGCGGGGAGUACGGAAUGCUGACCCGAGUCGGGCCCUCGCACGUGAAAUUGGGCCGCAUGGCCGCGCGGGUCCACGCGCUGUUCGGCUGGAGGAGGAAAGCGAUGCUUAUCUACUCGGACACCAACAAGGACGACCGUCCGUUCUACUUCACGGUAGAGGGAGUCUUCAUGGCGUUGCGAGCGCAGGACAUCACUGUGGUGCACUACACGUGGGACGAGCAGAUCAUCACGAGCCGCGACGUGGCCAAAGCCGUGGAGAACAUGCAGCGCACGGCCAGGGUCAUAUACGUGUGCAGUUCUCCGGACGCGUUCCGCCGUCUGCUGCUGGCCGCCAAGCGCGCUGGACUUCGCCUGCAGGAGUUCGCCUUCCUCUACCUGGACCUGUUCGGUGAGGGCCUGGAAGGAGGGCGGCCUGGGUAUGACAAGGAAGGAGGCUCCGGCAGCCUCAGCAGGGCUCCUUGGCAUCGGGGAGACGAGGACGACGAGGACGCGAAGAGCGCAUUCGCGAGCGUUCUGAUCAUCACAUAUCUGCAGCCCAACAACAGCCAAUAUGAGCAGUUCAUCUCCGAUGUGCAGAGGAAGGCCCGGGAAGCAUUCAAUACGACGAUGACCCCAUCACUGCACACGCUGAUCGCGGCGGCGUUCUACGAGGGCGUGGUGCUGUACGCGCGUGCCCUGGGCGAGGCGCUGAGCGAGACGGCGCCCGGCGAGGAGUGGCGCAACCUCACCCGCCGCAUGUGGAACCGCACUUUCCCCGGAGUCACCGGCACGGUGGCAAUCGACGACAAUGGGGACCGUGAGGUGGACUACUGCGUUUGGGCCAUGAACGGCGCGGACGGGGCCUUCCGGAUCGUCGCCGUUUACGAGGGGGUCACUGACACCGUCAAGAUGGUCCCUGGCACGGAAAUCCACUGGCCAGGAGGAAAGGUCCCCAACGACAACCCGCCCUGCAUCUUUGACACGGACGACACCGCCUGCCACUCACGUGGCCUGGGCACCCUCCAGCUCAUGGGCAUCGUGGUGAGCCUCACUGUGCUCAUCAUCGCCGUCACCGUCUUCAUCGUCAUCAGGAAGCUGAAGCUGGAGAAGGAGCUGGCCAGCAUGCUGUGGAGGGUGCACUGGGACGACGUCUUCGUGGACAAAGUGGGCGAUGCGGUCAAGUUGUCGGGAGAGAGCGCGGUAACCCCCUCCACGAGGUGCUCGAGCCACAGCUCCCUGGCGACGACGCGAUACGGGCGGUCCGUGUUCGCCAACACCGGCUUCUACAAGGGAAACUUGGUGGCCAUAAAGUUCAUCAACCGGAAGAAAAUCGAGUUGACGAGACAAAUGCUUUUCGAGCUCAAGCACAUGCGGGACGUCCAGAACGAACACCUAACUCGCUUUGUAGGCGCCUGCAUCGAUGUGCCCAACAUCUGCAUCAUCACCGAGUACUGUCCCAGGGGAAGCUUACAGGAUAUUUUGGAAAAUGAAAGCAUUAGCCUGGAUUGGAUGUUCCGCUACUCCCUGAUGCACGACAUCGUGAAGGGCAUGCUGUACCUGCACAGCAGCGUCAUCGGCUCCCACGGGAACCUCAAGUCGUCCAACUGCGUCGUGGACAGCAGGUUCGUGCUCAAGAUCACCGACUACGGCCUCAGCAGCGUCCGAGCGCACAGCAAGGCUGACAGCUCGGCCAACUACUUCGAAAAGCGCCUGUGGACGGCGCCGGAGCUGUUGCGCUUGGAGGAGGUGGCUCCGCGCGGAACGCAGAAGGGAGACGUCUACAGCUUCGCCAUCAUCCUGCAGGAGAUCGCCCUGCGCAGCGGACCUUUCUACCUGGAGGCCAACCACCUCACAGCCAAAGAGAUUGUUCAGCGGGUGAAGCUGGGCGAGUGGCCCUACCUGCGGCCCACAGUGGACCCCGGGGGACACUCCGAGGAGCUGGGCCACCUCAUGCAGCGCUGCUGGGCCGAGGAGUCGACGGAGAGGCCCGACUUCCACCAGAUCAAGAUCCUCUUGCAGAAGUUCAGCAGGGAGAGCAGUGGCACCAUCCUGGACAACCUGCUGUCACGGAUGGAGCAGUAUGCCAACAACCUGGAGGAGCUGGUGGAGGAGCGAACACAAGCCUACCUGGAGGAGAAGGGCAAAGCCGAGGCUCUGCUCUACCAGAUCCUGCCCCACUCGGUGGCUGAGCAGCUCAAGCGCGGGGAGACGGUGCCGGCCGAGGCGUUCGACAGCGUCACCAUCUACCUCAGCGACAUCGUGGGCUUCACCGCCAUGUCGGCCCAGAGCACGCCCAUGCAGGUGGUGGCCUUCCUGAACGACCUUUACACGUGCUUCGACGCAAUAAUCGACAACUUCGAUGUGUACAAGGUGGAGACGAUCGGCGACGCCUACAUGGUGGUGUCGGGGCUGCCCGUGCACAACGGCACGCGGCACGCCAUCGAAGUGGCGCGCAUGGCGCUCGCGCUGCUCUCGGCCGUGCGCUGCUUCCACAUCCGCCACCGGCCCGCGCAGAGGCUGCUGCUUCGCAUCGGCAUCCACACCGGCCCCGUGUGCGCUGGGGUCGUGGGGCUCAAGAUGCCACGGUACUGUCUGUUCGGGGACACGGUGAACACCGCCUCGCGCAUGGAGGCCAAGGGAGAAGCUCACAGAAUUCACCUUUCUUCAACAACAAAAGCCAUCCUGGAUGAAUAUGGAGGAUUUGUGGUGCAGUUACACGGGGACGUGGACAUAAAGGGCAAGGGAACCAUGCGCACUUACUGGCUCCUAGGCGAGAAUCCCACGGUGUCAGGUGUGCCGUGAAGAGGUCCUUCGGCACCUCCUCCUCAUCUCUCACCUCCUCUGCCUCGUUUGUUAUUGCCACCGCCGCCGUUGGCCGGCGAAAGUGGCGCGUGCGGCGCCACCUGUGUGCCAUGGAGUGCGAGCGUUGGAAGUUUUGCGUAAGCGAGAGGAUGGUGGUUUUUGCCCACAAAAGUAUCGUAGUUUCCAUUUCGGAAGAAGGGGAUUGCUAAUGUUGAGACCGUGUAAAAUCUCCCGACUAGACUACAGAUUGUCGAGAGCAGAUGAUUUUAAGCCGAUGUUGCUCUCAGUGCUGAUGUUUACGCACACCGCUCCCAGUACUGAUUUGAGGCUGAGUCAACCUAGGAGUGGCCCAGGAUAAGUUCAGAUUCCACUCGUCAUUGAUGUUAUCCAACGCUGGGAAUCAGACACUGUGUUCGUGGUGCAGUGUGCUAAAUGAGGUCUGGCACGGCGGUGCGUGCUGUGCUGGUCUUAAUAGGCAAUCGCUACGGCAUUUGUCCACUCCUACAGUCUGGAAGGAUAAAUGUGGAUACUUUAUCUAUACACACAGUCACACACGUGCACGCAUACUCAGAGGUACGAACAAGCCUCCGUCUAUCAUAUACACACAAUUUAUGGGCAACCUGUAGUGGUUAUCCUCUGGCGUAACUGCCUCCAUCCACCACUGGGUUAGUACUACCAACUGAGAUAACUGCUGCCCCAAGCUCUUUUGAGCAGAAAGACGCUUUGUCUUUCUUUGUGUUUCCAGGGUGAAUGCUCUUGCCGAGUGCCUAUUAAGGAAGAUGUGGUGUACAGUGAGCGGUGGUUAUGACCAGCAUCACCACAUCAGCUAAGCCUAUUAUUCAUUGAAGGCUGAGUUGACCAUGUCCACCGGUGUACAUGGUCAGCAGAUAUAAGCGUAUAUAUUAACAUAAACAACACUAUAAUUGGGGAACUCUCCAGUAUUGUAAAGAAAUAAAAUGUUACUUAGUAACAGUUUCGUAAAUAGUAGUUUUUUUUAAAUGUAAUGAUGGACAGUCAAGAGAGUUGAGUGGUGAAAUGAAGGCAUGUGCACAUGCUUACUUCUGUACCGUAGUUAGCCCAGACGCUGUCCGUGUGCAGCAGUGUGAGAUGGUUUGUGGCAUCUCAUAACCGUGAGUGGUGGUGAUAGCGUGGGGAGGCCUUCAUCCAGCAGUGGAUAGACCAUGUCUGAUACUGAUGACGAUAAUAAUAUGAAUCCCAUGUUUAAAACAUGAGUAAAAUGUAUAGGUCAAUCUCUUUUUCUGUAUCUCCACAUCGAAAUAUGUUUGAGACCUUCAAUCUACCGACUUUUCAAAAAUUAUGUUAUCAAGCAGCAUUUCAUGUCGUAAAUUUCGGACCAGUUUAGACUUUCUGGGUCAAAAUCAAUGGAAGGCCAAUAGGUCUAGAAGGUCGAGAAGGCCUUUACAUCAAUGUCUAAACACAUCGUAUUUCUAUGUGGAGAUACAGAAAAAAAUGUUGUUUUGUUUAUUUCAUUAACAAUAGUACUUAGUUACGCAUAUUCAGUUGCAUUUAGCCGAAAACAAGUUCAUUAGAAAAAUUCACGUUCAUUAUUUUAACCAUGAUAUGCCACAUUGCCACUUGUAUACAUAUUUUGUGGAUCCCCUUCAAAGGCCAGCGCUCUCCUCAUGCAUCGAUACAUCACUGCCAGCGAUUGCAUAGCUCUUGGGAGCAGCCCUGGAAGUCUUCAGCAUGAAAAACCUCUGAAGUGACCUCACCCCAUUCGCUCCGACAUUCUCUGUCUUCACAACGAGUAUUGUGCGUUGUAUUUUCCAUGCAGGUUGUUGUGCUACACAGCAAAAUAAGCUUUCAGAGAGAAACUCCCCCCAGUUCAACACGAUAAUUUGAUUAAUAAUUGAUUGUUGGAUCGGUUUGCGUGAGUAAAAUGUGUCGUAAAUCCCGCCUCCACCCGACACAGACAAUGAAUAAAUGUGUCAGGUCAUGAACAAACGUGCCAUGUUAUUAAUAUUUCAGCGCACCGGUGUGUUGGACAGCAAUCCACAACGUUUCAAAGUUCCGUGCAACGUCAUCGCUGCAGUUGCAUGAAAUGUGGCAACUGAAGGAGGGUUUAAGACACAUACUGCAUGCAUUCGAAACCCAAAAGUAAAUUGUGAAUCAUAACAUCGGUCGCAAACGCCUAUGCGAUGCAUUUACUAAAUUUGAUGGAGCAUCAUUGCUGCUUCGCCACAAUGGCUCACAAGGUGCCGAACUCAUACUGACAAGGCCGCUCGUGUUGAAUGGCCAUGGUGAAGUAUGUGACUCUGCGUGUACACAACAUUUUCGGCAGCCAUGAGAAACAUCUAGAUUUACUUUUAGCUCGGAGAGCAUUCCGUUUCUAUCGUCUCUUCAACUCCAAAUAAAGUAAUUCCACGAAUGUUUUGACCGAACCUCCUAUUUAGUCAUACCUUCACAAUAUUAGGCAAUCACUAUUCAUAUUGUGCAAACAACUUUUGGUUGAUAUUGUCAUUCUUAGAAUUUGUUUAUCGCUUGUUGCCAUAUACAGUAUAUUUAUACAUCACUCACAUAACUCAGUGACACGAACGUACUUACAAAGAUGGAAAAGUCUAAAAUAAUAAAUUUAACGAGUAAUAUGUUUGCUGUAUUAGAAUGAACACCAAUAGACAAUCAGUUGUACACAGAUGGGGCACUGUGAUUAUGGCCUUUACAUUACCAGAAACCAAAUGCCUAACAUAUAUUUAUGCAAGUAAAGCGAUAUUUUAUUUUAUAGACUUAUUUUUAAUCGAUCAGAGUUAUUGUUUUGAAUGUGGUUUCUUGAACAAUAAUGUACAUGUUGUAAAUAAAAUAUGGCUAUAAACUGA